CUCUGUGAGGUCUUCGUGUCGCAGCUUCUUCUUUCUAUGUGAAGGUUUGUAAAUUAUACUGAUCUGUUUGACUCUGUUUAUGUUGUGUGAUUUAGUUCAGUAGAAGCCACAGUAAGAGUUCAAAGCUCUGCUAAAAGUAAUUUUUCCUUCAAUGGAUGUCAGAUUCAGCAGCAGCUUUAACAACAGGAAGUCCUUAAACAUUUACUGGAUCAGUGAAAACGUUAAAUUCGGGCUGGCUGCUGAGUCAUUUCUAAAGAAUACGGGUGUUUAUUAUAAGGUGGGGCUCUGAUAUGGAUCAGUGUGAGGAGGGAGAGGAAGGAGCCCCUCCCUUUAAAACAACUCUCUAUGAGGAACCUGAAGCUCCGAGACCACAGCAUCACUCAGCAGACCCUCUUGGACCUGAACAUAUUCCUAGCUGUUUGUCCAUAAAGAGUGAUACAUCAAUGAUGAUUCCUCUUAAUUUUAAACAAUCUGUUGAUGGGAGGAAUCUGCCGCAGAAAGUAGACUGUCCUGAUCCCAGCUGUCUAUCCCUUAAGAGCGACUGGUCAAAGGCUGAAAUCUUAAACUUUGAUGGAGGACAUCCACAUGUUUAUCAGCAAGUCGACCAGGAGAGCUCAAAGACUUCCAGGGGUCAGUCUGCCCUGCAGCAUCAACCUGACCUACACUCAAUAUUUAUGCUACUGGAGGAGAACAUUGUCACUUUUGUGAAGAAUGAGCUGAAGAAGGUCCAGAGAGCUCUGAGUCCAGAUUUCCCAGAAUGCUUUGAGAGUCAGAGGGAGUAUGAAGACGUUUUGGGUGGUGAGGAAGAACAGCAGAAGACAAAUAUCAGAGAGGCGUUCCUGAAGAUCACAGUAGAGUUCCUAAAGAGAAUGAAGCAGGGGGAGCUGGCUGAAUGUCUGCAGAGCAAAUUAUUUGUUCCAAGUUGUCAGCGUAAAAUCAAGUCUAAUUUGAAGAGGAAGUUCCAGUGUGUGUUUGAGGGGAUUGCCAAAGCAGGAAACCCAACUCUAAUGAAUCAGAUCUACACAGAACUCCACAUCACAGAGGUAGGGACCAGAGAGAUCAAUGAAGAACACGAGGUCAGACAGAUUGAAACAACAUCCAGGAAACUAAGCAGACCAGAAACAACCAUUAAACCAGAAGACGUAAUCAGAGCCUUACCUGGAAGAAAAGAACCAAUCAGAACAGUGAUGACAAAGGGAGUGGCUGGCAUCGGGAAAACAGUCUUAACACAGAAGUUUACUCUGGACUGGGCUGAAGGCAAAGCCAACCAGGACAUACAGUUUACAUUUCCAUUCACUUUCAGAGAGCUGAAUGUGCUGAAAGAGAAAAAGGUCAGCUUGGUGGAACUUGUUCAUCACUUCUUUUCUGAAACCAAAGAAGCAGGAAUCUGCAGGUUUGAAGAGUUCCAGGUUGUGUUCAUCUUUGACGGCCUGGAUGAGUGUCGACUUCCUCUGGACUUCCACAACAAUGAGACUAUGACUGAUGUAACAGAGUCCACCUCAGUGGAUAUGCUGUUGACAAACCUCAUCAGAGGGAACAUGCUUCCCUCUGCUCGCAUCUGGAUAACCACAAGACCUGCAGCAGCCAAUCAGAUCCCUCCUGAGUGUGUUGACAUAGUGACAGAGAUCAGAGGGUUCACUGACCCACAGAAGGACGAGUACUUCAUGAAGAGAUUCAGAGAUAAGGAUCAGGCCAACAGGAUCCUCUCUCACAUCAAGAGAUCCCGAAGCCUCCACAUCAUGUGCCACAUCCCAGUCUUCUGCUGGAUCACUGCUACAGUUCUGGAGGAUGUGUUAAAGACCAGAGAGGGAAAAGUGCUGCCUAGGACCCUGACUGAGAUGUACAUCCACUUUUUGGUGGUUCAGUCCAAAAUGAAGAACAUCAAGUAUGAUGGAGGAGCUGACACAGAUUCACAUUGGAGUCCAGAGAGCAGGAAGAUGGUUGAGUCUCUAGGAAAACUGGCUUUUGAGGAGCUGCAGAAAGGAAACCUGAUCUUCUAUGAAUCAGACCUGAUAGAGUGUGGCAUGGAUAUCAGAGCAGCCUCAGUGUACUCGGGAGUAUUCACACAGAUCUUUAAAGAGGAGACAGGACUGUACCAGGACAAGGUGUUCUGCUUUGUCCAUCUGAGUGUUCAGGAGUUUCUGGCUGCUCUUCAUGUCCAUCUGACAUUCAUCAACUCUGGUGUUAAUUUGAUGUCAGAGGAAAAAACAACAUCCUGGUUUUCUUGUUUCAUGAAAGACGAACACAAUAUCAAAUAUGUACACCAGUGUGCUGUGGACAAGGCUUUACAGAGUCCGAACGGUCACCUGGACUUGUUCCUCCGCUUCCUCCUGGGUCUUUCACUGCCAACAAAUGGGAUUCUUCUCGGAGGCCUUUUGGCAAAGACAGCAUGUGGCUCACAAACCAAAGUGGAAACAGUCCGGUACAUCAAAAAGAAGAUCAGUCAGAAUCGUUCUGCAGAGAAAAGCAUCAAUCUGUUCCACUGUCUGAAUGAACAGAAUGAUAGCUCUUUCCUAGAGGAGAUCCAACACUCCCUGAGAUAUGAAAGUCUCUCCACAGAUGUACUGUCUCCUGCUCAGUGGUCAGCCCUCGUCUUCAUCUUACUGUCAUCAGAAAAAGAGCUAGACGUGUUUGACCUGAAGAAAUACUCUGAUUCAGAGGAGGCUCUUCUGAGGCUGCUGCCAGUGGUCAGAGCCUCCAGCACAGCUCUGAUGGCUUACUGUAACCUCUCAGAGAGAAGCUGUCAAGCUCUGUCUUCAGUUCUCAGCUCCCAGUCUUCUUCUCUGAGAGAACUCGACCUGAGUAACAACAAUCUGCAGGAUUCAGGAGUGGAACUGCUGUGUGAUGGACUGAAGAGUCCACACUGUUUACUGGAAACUCUGAGGCUUUCUGGCUGUAUGAUCCAAAGUAAAGGCUGUGCUUCACUGGCUAAAGCUCUAAGCUCUAACCCCUCCUAUCUCAGAGAGCUAGACCUGAGCUACAAUCAUCCAGGAGAACAGGGAGUGAAGCUGCUGUCUACUGGACUGGAUAAUCCACAAUGGAGACUGGACACUCUCAGGUUGGAGCCUGGCAGUGCCCGAUGGUUGAAACCAGGUCUGAGAAAGUAUUCCUGUGGACUCACAUUCGACACAAACACGGUGCACGAAAACCUACAACUGUCCGACAACAACAUUACGGUGGUUUUUGCUGAGGAUAAUCAGUCAUAUCCUGAUCAUCCAGACAGAUUUAAAACCUGUCCUCAGCUGCUGUGUAGAAAUGAUCUGACUGGUCGCUGUUACUGGGAGGUUGAGUGGAGUGGGGAAGUGUAUAUAUCAGUGAGUUACAGAGGAAUCAGCAGGACAGGACCCAGUAGUGUCUGUAUUUUUGGGGAGAAUGAUCAGUCCUGGUGUCUGUUCUGCUCUGGUAAAGGUUACUCUGUCUGCCACAACAACAUCAUAACAUCCAUCCCAUCCACUUAUUCCUCCAUCUCUGGCAGAGUAGCAGUAUAUGUGGACUGUCCUGCUGGCACUCUGUCCUUCUUCAGAGUGUCCUCCGGCAAGCUGAUCCACCUCCACACCUUCAACACCACAUUCACUGAAGCCCUUUAUCCUGGGUUUCGUCUUUGGUCUGAAAAGAAUUGGCACUUUUCAGACAUCGCUGGGUCCUUUUAUACUUGUACUGAUUCGUAUGUGUCUCUGUGUCAUCUGUAAGGAGGACAGACUCCUCAAGAGUGUUUUGGGGACUCAUGGACGUCAGUUUUUCAGAGGGAGGGUCAAGGUGUUUUUUUGGGCAUUAAAUGCAAGUGUGAACCAAACACAAAUUUUUACAGGAGUUCAAAGUUUCAUCAACUUGCAGAGGAAAUCUGGUAAAUAUGUAAUCAGACCUCCCGUUUGAAAGCAUUAUUUCUCCUAAAGGAUACACCGAGCACUGCAUUAUCCCUAUGGAUACACAUUUACAGUAUAAGAGUGACUUCCAUUGUUGGACCUCCCUUGAAAAAAGAAAAAAAAGACCAGCAUCUAGAAAAUCAUUGAUGCUAAGAAAUAUGAUUAUAAUAAACAAUUAAACUAAAAUCA